AUGUCUCAAAAGAUCGUCACCGUCGUCGGCUCCACAGGUCAACAAGGCAAGGCCGUCAUCGCAGCAUUUGCCGGAGAUGCUCAGUAUCGCAUCCGUGGAGUCACUCGUAACCCCGAAUGCGCUUCCGCGCAGACUCUUGCCUCUCAGGGUAUAGACGUCGUGAAAGCCGAUCUUAAUGACCUCAAGUCUCUCAUCACCGCUUUCGAAGGCUCACACGUCAUCUUCGGAGUUACAGACUACUGGAAUCUUUUUCCAACCCAUGGGCCCACGAAGUCGAAGGAGAUCGAACUCCAGCAGGCCAAUAACCUCGCCAAGGCAGCAUCGGCAACUGCAACUCUUGAACACUAUAUCUGGACUGAUCCGUUCUUGCUACAAAGGACUACGCUGUUCAUGACAUGUUUCUAUGCCAAUAAUCUGCAAAUCGCCUCUUUCCGCCCUUACUGGAUUGAGACAGCAAAGCAGUAUGUUCAGUUCACCACCUACGAUCCCGAAACUAUCAUUCCAUUCAUCGGUUCUGUGGACAACAUGACUCCUUUUAUAAAGGCCAUCAUUUCCAAUCCAGGAAAGACAAAAAAUGGCACUAUCGUCAUCGGCAGUAUUGGACAAUGGACAGCCAAAAAGUGGGUUGAGGAAUGGGCUGCGGCCAGGGGCGCUCAGGCACAGUUAGUGCAAACUUCCCGUCAGAGCUAUAACGCCUUGUGGCCGUGGCCCCGUUGGUCUGAAGAGUUUGCUCUUAUGAUGGAUUACUUUAAGUUUGUCCCUAUCCAGGAGUGGACUGAACCUGGAGUUAACAUCUUGACUGCGGAGAGCUUGCAAGUGAGUCCUGUGGAGACUCUCGAGGAAUGGGUAAGAACAUAUCAGCUUCCUGAGUCUAGUUCUGUUAGCUACUAG